UAAUUAUCUUAUAUUUCUUGUCUGCUUAAUUUUUGUUAUCACCUUCUAUCCUUGCUUGUAUCCACAAUCAUUUAUGAAUCAUGAUAUUUUUUAUAUGGUGAGAAAUAGAGGGGGUGAAAAAAUGGCGGCACCGGGGCUAACAACCAAACAAAUCCUAUCUAUUUUCAAAAACUUAAAGGCCAUCAAAUUCCUACCGCAUUUAACGGUCAUCUCCUUUCUUUUUCCCUUUUUUCAUCAAUCAUAGUGUAAUUAUUGCUAAGAAUUUCUGUAAAUAUGUCUCUUCACUCUGUUAAUGCUUCCUCUUUUUUCAAUUCCCAUCAAUUUAAAAUUUCCCAUCAAAUCUCUACUACUCCUCUUGCUGGAUUACCCAAAUCUAAAAUAAUUUUUACUGAAAGGAGGAGGCUUUUUAAGUUGAGAUGUAGUCAAGAAGAGGAUUUUUACUUGUUGGAUGCUCCUGUUUCUGCUGGUGAUGGGUUUUCUUUUAGUGGAGGAAAGUAUUCAGAAGGAUCAAGCCCUGCUGAUGAAUGGUUCAAGCAAGGGAAAAUGGUGAAAGCUUAUGUUGUUAGCAGCUCAGGAGAGAAGGCAAAAGAUCCAAUCUUUGGGUUGACAAUGGCCAGCAGCUCUCAGGCCUCUGAUGACAUUUUUAGAUGGUUUUGUGUUGAAAGUGGAAAUGCUGAUAAUCCUUCAGUCAUGCUCAUUCAUGGUUUUCCAUCACAGGCGUACUCAUAUCGUAAAGUUCUUCCAGUACUUUCCAAGGACUUUCAUGUCAUUGCUUUUGAUUGGUUAGGAUUUGGAUUUUCAGAGAAACCCCAACCUAAAUACGGUUUUGACUACACAAUGGAAGAGUAUGUUGCAUCCUUGAAGUCUUUGAUUGAUGAUCGGGUUCCAAAUCCCAACAAGGUUUCACUUGUUGCACAGGGAUACUUUGCACCUGUUGUCGUGAAAUAUGCUUUCGAGCAUCAGGAGAAAGUCAAUGAUCUCAUUCUCCUCAAUCCGCCUAUAACAGCUAAGCACGCGAACUUGCCAUCAACGUUAUCCAUAUUCAGCAACUUUCUGCUAGGAGAAAUAUUUUCUCAGGAUCCCCUCCGAGCAAGUGACAAAGCAUUGACUAGCGCUGGUCCAUACAAAAUGAAGGAAGAUGACGCUAUGGUUUAUAGGCGGCCUUACCUCACAUCAGGGUCCUCAGGGUUUGCACUCAAUGCAAUCAGCAGAGCUAUGAAAAAGCAGUUAAAGGCUUACGUCGAGGACACCAGGAAGAUUCUCAUGAGUGAAGAUUGGAAAGUACGCACAACGAUUUGUUGGGGCCAAAGGGAUCGAUGGCUAAAUUAUGAGGGUGUUGAAGAUUUCUGCAAGGAGUCGAAUCACAAAUUGAUCGAACUUCCCAUGGCAGGGCACCAUGUACAGGAGGAUAUCGGUGAAGACCUUGGAAAUGUCAUCGCGGGGCUGCUCAGCAAACAGAGACGCUUAUAGUAAUCGCAUUGUAUUACAGGUUUUAACAGGUGAUACUCGAUCAGUUCAUGUAUCAGUCACUCUUUCUUACUAGAAACUGGUACUUCUGUUGUAUCGCCUUUUCCUCGUUCAAAUUUUGGGUGAAUGAAUGAUUCGAUUUAGCUUUUUGUUUCUUUCCAUUCAAAUGAUAUGUAUAUCUGUAUCUUCAUUUACUUCGUACAAAUUCGAAUGAUGUGAUUUUUAUAUCUUCUGUUAUGGUGAA